GGCCUUGCUUGCUUGAAUCUCUCUCCUCUUCCUCUCCACUGUAAUAAAAAGCCCAACAAACAGUAUGAGAACUAAACCAGCAUAACAUAAACAGACAAACCCAAGCCAAGGAGAGGAGACCCAUUUUUUUCCUCUUCACAUACCCUUAAUUUCUCUCCUUUGUCAUGGAGAUGGAACUCCUCUUCUGCUUCGAGAUACUUAUCGUCACCUUGGUGGUGUCUGUGUUCGUGUUGAAGCUCGGCAUUCUGCUUUGGUGGAGACCUCGGAAAAUCGAAGACCAUUUCUCCAAGCAAGGAAUUAGAGGUCCUCCUUACCAGUUCUUCAUUGGAAAUGUCAAGGAGCUUGUUGGAAUGAUGCUCAAGGCUUCCUCUACACCCAUGCCUAAUUUCUCCCACAACAUUCUCCCUAGAGUCCUCACCUUUUAUCAUCAUUGGAAGAAAAUCUAUGGUGCCACAUUCUUAAUUUGGUUUGGUCCCACCGUCCGGCUUACCGUCUCCGAUCCCGACUUGAUCCGGGAAAUCUUCACCUCCAAGGCAGAAUUGUACGAGAAAAUCGAACCUCACCCACUUGUCAAACAGCUUGAAGGCGAUGGUCUCCUCAGCCUCAAGGGUGAAAAGUGGGCUCAUCAUAGGAAAAUCAUUACUCCUACCUUCCACAUGGAAAAUCUCAAACUCUUGGUUCCUUUGGUGGCUAAGAGCGUUACCGACAUGCUGGACAAAUGGUCGGCAAUGACAACCUCCGCCGAGGUUGAAAUCGAAGUUUCCGACUGGUUCCAGACACUCACCGAAGAUGUCAUAACCCGUACGGCCUUUGGUAGCAGCUAUGAAGAUGGAAAGGUCAUUUUCAGUCUACAAGCACAACAAAUGGUCAUUACCGCCGAGGCAUUUCAAAAAGUUUUCAUUCCCGGCUACAGAUUUUUACCCACAAAAAAGAACAUAAGAUCAUGGAAGCUGGACAGGGAAAUAAAGAAGUCGCUUAUCAAGUUGAUCGAUGGCCGGAAAACGAAGUCCGGGAACAUAAUGCAAGAGAAAGGGGCAAAGGAUUUGCUGGGAUUGAUGAUUCAGGCGUCAAAUUCUUCCCCAAGUGUAACCGUCCAUGACAUAAUUGAAGAGUGCAAAAGCUUUUUCUUCGCUGGCAAACUCACCACAUCCAACUUGCUGACGUGGACAACCAUUCUUCUUGCAAUGCACCCACAGUGGCAGGUGCAAGCACGUGAGGAAGUCAUCAAGGUGUGUGGAUCACGUGAUAUACCCACCAAAGAUGAUAUUGUGAAGCUUAAGACGUUGAGUAUGAUCCUCAAUGAGUCCCUGCGGCUGUACCCGCCAACAGUUGCCACGAUCAGACGGACAAAAGUGGAUACUGAGCUUGGGGGUUACAUGAUCCCUCGUGGGACCGAGCUGUUAAUACCAAUCCUAGCCAUCCAUCAUGAUCAAGCUAUAUGGGGAAAUGAUGCUAAUGAGUUCAACCCCGGGCGGUUCUCGGAAGGCGUGACACGCGCCGCCAAGCACCCCGGCGGGUUCAUUCCCUUCGGUCUCGGCCUCCGGACAUGCGUUGGACAAAAUCUAGCCAUGUUGGAAGCAAAACUAACCAUUGCUAUAAUACUCCAAAGGUUCACAUUCAGGCUGGCCCCCACGUACCAGCAUGCACCAACGGUCCAGAUUAUGCUUUACCCACAACAUGGGGCACCCGUCAUCUUCCAACCCCUUUCUCAACCAUCCGAUCCCACCAUCCCUAGUGAUGAAGGGUCAUGAUUUAAUCACCUUCCUUACAAGUAUCUAUCCUUUGUGUGUGAGUGAGUGUAUGCUACAUCGUGGAGUGACCAAAAUACCCUCAAUUGUUGCCUUUUCUCAUCAACCCCUCCAAGAGAUAUUCUCCGAGAAAAUCAAUCAAUGCCCUUAUAUAUAUAUUCCCAUAUUUCUCCCCUACACUAAACUGACCCUUCUUCCUCAUGUUUUUUUUUUUUUUUUUACCAACACAGUUUCGCAUGUUAUCAAUUUGGUUUUUUUUUUUUUUACCAUAAGUACUGUUUUGCCCUUUGGCUUGGAAGCAUUAUCAGUCUGUAGGAUCCUUUGCAUGCAGAAAUGGCUAACAAUUUUCAUUUUUUUUUUGUGAAGCUGGUUGUAUGUAAUGUGUAUAUUUUGCAACACAGUUUUGUAAUAUUAUUAUUAUGAUUAUUAUUGUGCAUUCAUGAAAUUGGUUGUAGUAUUAAUAAUUAAAAACCACUAGC